CCUCCAGUCCUCCUCAAGAUAAACGAGGAGGUAAGAUACUCUUCCUCUUAUCCCCUUGCCUCGCGCCGCCGCCACCGGACCAAUCCACAGCCAAUCCAAUCCCCCUCUGUCUCUUUUUGGCCGCCGGCGAUGGCGCUGGUGCCCAACCCCAGCGUUCCGGGUAUCCGGAUCUGCCGGCCGAAAAUCAUAUCUGACUACCCUUUGCCCGACGAAGAAUCCAAUUCCAGAUCUUAUCUGCUGAAGAAGAUCGGCUCCUUCUACCGCAAGGCGCGGAGGCGGCUCGACAGCCGCCGCCGCCGCGUGCAGGCGCACGGCCUCUGCGUCGGCCUCCUCGACCCGGUCUCCAACAUCGUCAUCAACAGUAUCACCGACUCCUGCAAAGGUGAGCGCAAACGCGAGGGCGAGGUUGUGCUACAGGAGGACCUGCGGCGCCGUUCGCUUGACGGCCUGGUGGUCUUCCUCACCCGCAUGUUCCCCAACCUCGCGGAGGGCCUGGCCGUGCGCUACCUGCGCGUCGCCAAGGCCGACGUCCUCAUCGCUGCCUGCAUCAUCGUGUCGGACCACGGCAUCAAGGGAUUCGGCAACUCCGAGGCCGAGCCUGCCCUCAUCAACAUGGCCCUCAAGUGCGCCGGGCUGGCCGCUAGGCACCCUGACCCCAAGCGCCUAGUCUACGCCUGGCAAAAGAUCUGCAAUUGCAUGGAAGACGCCCUGGGCCUGCUUGAGAUGAUCCAGGAACCAAGCCGCAUCUCGCAGGUCAUCAGGCAGCUCGCCUUUAUGGUUACCGAGGGACCGCCGGCCAGUGAAUUAGCUGUGCGGCGUGCGUGGAUGCUCGCAGAAGCUUCUGUUCGCCGCCGUCCCCGAAGCUUGCAACAACCGCACACUCACUUGUGCAGCCGGACGCUCCAGGACACAAUCCACGGGUACUAUCUCGAGGCCCUCGCUCGGCUGCCAGCAGGCUCUUGCUUCCACCGCAGCCUGAUCAAGGCUGGCCACUGCUACGGCCCCCUUGACCCCGUCUCCAACAUCAUCAUCAACACCAUCUGGUACCACACCGCGUUCCCACCUUCCAUGAAACUCGAGCUGAAUGCGAUUGGCACGCGGAGCCUCCACCGAGUGGCGAACCGCUCCUUGUACGGUCUGGCCUCCUUCCUAUGCACGCGUUACCAUGGCAUUAAUUUCCAUCAAGCUGUGUGCCUCCUGCUCCAGGCAGAUGGCAACCUGGCGCGCGCUGAUCCCUUCCUUGAUCCUGAUUCCCACCUUCCCUAUGGUCAAGUUCAAUGCCACCCGGACACCGGUCCCAAAGAAGCCUUCCUGGCAGCUGCCACCGCAGCCUGUCACCCCAACCCAGACGCUCAAGUAAAGUUUCUCACUUCGUGUAAGGAGGUGCUGGAGACUGCCUUGUCUUUGCUGCGUCGGGACUCUCACAAGCUCUCCACUCAAGAUGUUCAGCAGCUUGCCAGGUUGCUAUCUCCGGAAUCCCCCUAUGAUCAUGACUCUGAGAUGGCACUUCCUCCACUCCCCCUCAAAUCUUACCCCCUUGUGGACCUAGCGGAUCUGUAUACAGUAGUCUCCAAGGGGGUCAAUAUUUUGUUGAAUAAAUAUGAACAGAUGCCAAAUGGGGAUCCCAGGUACGAGCUUCAUACGAUUUGUGGUGUGAAUGAGCGGGUUGGCGGUCCUGCUCAAUGGCCUCCUCAUGACCGUGGCCGCUUUCACGUCAACUUCCUGGCUACUCCCAAAAGCCCCUGUGGUGGAAAACCAACAUUGUUUUUUGCUGAAAUUCAAAGCGAUGGCACAUAUGAUUCCUUCUGUUGCCCUGUGGCUCUGCCUCUGCCAUGUGCUGGGUCUGAACCACCAUGGUGCAUCUUUACCACAACAUACCACUAGAUUGUGUUUUGUUACUCCGCCAGCCUGAACCCUCGUAUCUGGAGUGAAAAAUAAAAUUGUUGAAGAAAAGGAAGUGAUGAAAAAGGAAACAGAAGUCGAAUGCAUAUACUUGAAUAUCUCCAUGUUGAUAUGUUAAUGAAGUCGAACAUUUCGAUCAAGCAGCCUGCUAUAGUGAUCAGCAUGUAGCUUGAUGAUCCCUUCACCAUCGUGCUCAUUUCCCAGGCAAGAAACUAAUAAUGGUUUACAAUCAACUAGGACGGUCAUCCAUUCACCCUUUAUUUACACAUUACACAUGGUUUAUGUCAGCAUUCUAUGGCUCCAUGCACUAUGGAACUUAUAAGCCGCAGGACAUUUCAUUUUUGAUGUGUUUUUACGCGCACACAGUUUUAUGCAUUAACAUUCAAUACAUAUUAAUUACCUCAUGUGUUGGCAGCACAAAUUCGGUGUGUUUACUGCGAAGCCAUGGGGACUAGAAUUGUGCAUCCAGUUGCGAUAAACUUCCGUGGCCGUGAUUCGGCGUUUGAGAUGCUGGCCCGCGAAAAAGACCCCUGUCAGCGCGAGGAAGCAACCUUGAGAAUCAUCAGCCAUAGACGUCUCAUGGCGGAGAAUGUUCAUUGCAAGGAGAAAGAAGAUAUCCUCUACGAUGGGGUGGAUGGGCACAGGAAUAAGUUUGAUAAUGUGAGUUCCUUGAAGGUGGAAGAAGCUAUGUUAUUGGCACCACUUUGUCGCUAUCUGUAAGGUGUUGUGGCAUUGGAAAAUACUGUGCCAAUGCAAGACAAGUUAAAGUUUGUGUUGUCCUAGGAGUUGGGAUGGUGCUCAUGAAAUUUAACAAGUGGUUAAGUCGUACUGUUAGAAUAUAUCCAAUGAUGUGUGUUGGUAACGGCAUUUGAAUGUGCCAGCUGAUUGUGUAAUUGCAGUUUAUACGCUCUAAACUAAUUUAGAACUGCUUUGGUUAGCAAUCA